UUGCGGAAAAACUAUAAAAAAAAUUAGCCAUGCCAAAACCAUCGCGUCACAUUCCUAAUUUUCGCGAAAGCUCGAAUCUGUCUGACUGUCAAGUUGUCACGAUUCGCAGAAUCAUAAGGUGAUAACAUAUCGCGCUCUGCAGUCUGUUCCCGCAGUAGGUUCGCAAACGCGAAAGUGAGUGCGCGUGUUUUAAAAUAUGGCAAAUUUAGCAGUAUUUGAUUUUGACCGUACAAUAGUUGACGAUGAUUCGGACGCGACAAUUAUAAAUAGGUUACGCGAAAAAAAACCGCCACCUGAGUGGGAAGCCGGUAAUCAUGACUGGACGCCUUAUAUGAGUGAUGUAUUUGAACACGCUUACUCCGCCGGUCUCCACCCGUCGGAUAUCUUGGACAGCAUCGCCUCAAUGCGACCAAACCCUGGCAUCAUUGAGCUGAUCAGCACCCUAGCCAAGGAGGGAUGGGAUGUGCUCGUGCUCACUGACGCCAAUAGCGUCUUCGUUAACCAUUGGCUCAAAGUUCAUGGUUUACAGGAAGCGGUGACAGCGGUGGUGACAAAUCGCGCGUUCUGGAAGCAAGACCGUUUAUACAUCGAGCCGUGCAUGCGGCAGACGACGUGCCCGAGAUGUCCCAGCAACCUGUGCAAGUCGAUAGCACUCGCUCAGUGGUGCAGUUCGAGGGACUACCAGCGUUACGUUUACAGCGGAGACGGGAGGAACGACUAUUGUCCUGCUACGAACUUGCCGGCUGACGCAAUCGUCUUCCCGAGAAAGGGUUACCCAAUGUACGAUUUGAUCAAGAAGACCCUGUCGUCCCCGAACCCACAAAUUAAAGCUAAAGUUGUCCCCUGGGAUGACGCGUUCACGAUACUCGAAGAAUUAUUCCCCGGCAAAAAUAAAACCACCAAAAGUUAAUGUUUGAUCACAGAAAUAUGUACUUAAAUUUACUUAUACUAAAUAUUUAAUUAUUUAUUAUAAUAUGUUUUAAUAGUAUUUAAUUAUAUUACAAAGCAAUCUAAGAUAUUUUUGAGGUUAUGUAAUGCAAAUGUCGUAAUGAGGUAUGACGUCAUAAGGUAUUAUGGCGUCAAGUGAUUUAACCAUAGACAAGAGUGUAUUAUAUAUAUUUUUCUCCUUAUACGUAGUUUUCUCUUUAUGUAGACAAUUUUAGGUCGCAUAUUUCUUUGUCUGUUUCAGACAUUACAGGCGAAAUUUAUUUAAA